AUGCCACCCUUUGAGCUCAAGCAUCCAAAAGGGCGAGAGCUUGUUGGAGGGGACCUAGUGGCUCAGACACUGGCCCACUUAGGGGUAACGGUGGCCUUUGGAUUACACGGCGGCCACCUGGACUCUUUCCUUACUGGAUGCGCAUUCGUAGGAAUCAAACUUGUUGACACCAGGCACGAGACAGCGGCAGUUCAGGCGGCCGAGGGCUAUGCCAAGGUCAGCGGCAAGACAGGACUUGCAUUCGUCACGGCCAACAGCGGCUUUGCCAAUGGCUACCCCGGCCUUGCCACAGCGCUUGCUGAUCGCUCUCCCAUCUUUGUGGUGACGUCGUCUCCUCCGUUGCGCGACGCCGAGACCAACGCACUGCAAGGCUUCCACGACCAAGUCGUCCUCGCCAGGCCCGUGACCAAGUUUGCCCACCGGGCGACUGUCGUUGAGGAGCUUCCUCGUCUCGUUUCGCACGCUUGGAGAAUCGCAAGCGCUGGUGCUCCUGGCCCAGUGCUGAUCGACUUUCCUGUCGACAUUCUCUUCACUCCACCACGAUUUAAUGCCAUCUCCUGGGGCUCUCUGGACCGCCAGAUCUCUUCAAGGCCAGGACCUGCUCCGGCGUCAGUCGACGAACUGGCAAGGCUCUGGAAGGCGGCAAAGAGACCAGUAUUCAUUACGGGCACGGGCGCUGCGGACACGGGACGCAUCGGGGCAUCGCAACCGAUCCUGCUCCAGCUGGCAGAAGCCACCCAGACCCCAAUCUUCUGGUCGUCCAAGUUCUCGCUCGCCAUUCCUCACAAUCACCCCCUCCGCGGCGGGCCAGCCACCGGGCUCGCAUAUCUGCCAUACAUCCAGCAAGAGCGCCCUGACUUGCUCAUUCUCCUUGGGGCUCGCACGGGAUUCCUUCUUGGGGGCCGGAACGGCGCAAUUAUCCCGCACAAGGACUGCACACUGGUGCAGGUGGACGUCGAUGGUGGCGAGAUUGGAAGGACGCUUCCCGUGGAUCUCGGUAUUGUAUCUGAUGUGUCAGAGUUUGUGAACACGAUGGCCAAAAAGGUUGCCUUGGACGCCGCCUUCACCACCAGUCGCGACCGGGAUUGGAUCAAGAUGACUUCCUCACUCAAAGGCCUCAUACACCGCCGAUACGGCUCUGACCCCAAGCAAGGGUGUCCAGAUGACACGGGCGACCGGAUGCACCCCUACCACGGCAUCAAGGCUGUCUUUGAGGUAGUUGCAGACCACGAGCCAAUCGUUAUCGGCGACGGCGGUGAGUGCGGCGUCUGGGCCGGUGAUCUGAUUGAGUGUGCAAAACCAGCUCACUUUCUGGCCGCCACGGGAUACUUGGGCUUUCUGGGCAAUGGCUGGGGCUACUCACUCGGCGCAGCAGUCGCACACCCAGACAAGCUCAUUGUGAAUGUGCAAGGCGAUGGCAGUGCCGGGUUCCACAUCGCCGAGCUGGACACGUACGCUCGGCACAGACUGAAGAUCUUGACGGUCGUCGUCAACAAUUACCGCUGGGGCAUGUCAAUUGCUGGCCAGGAUAUCCUGUAUGGCGAGUCCACUCCUGGCCGCCUCCUCAGCUCCUUGUCUCCCGUGUGCAGGUUUGACAAGGUCGCCGAGGGAUUCGGCGGACUUGGCGUGCGCAUUGACAAGGCCGAUGAGGUACAGGCGGCCGUCAAACAGAUAGUUGAAGACAUGGCGGCGAACAACGACUUCACGCCUGGCCUGGUCAACCUGAUUGUGGACACAGAUCCCGUUACCGAAACAACGAAGAGCAUGGUUGGCAUGCCCGCACCGGGUAGGGAGAAGGAGGUCGUUGUUGUGCCGUACUAUGACAAUAUUCCCCGAGCUCGUUAUGAUUAGCGAAUGAUGCCACCCGCUGGUUAGAAGAACCCCUCGGUCUUUGCGGACAUCAUGUCAAAUUUGAUAUCCAUUGC